AUGUCUCUGGAGAAUGCCGGUGCGCUAUGCCACAUCACGGCUUGGCUCACCAGCUGUGAGCUGCGUCAAAUACGAGCGCUGAACUCCAACUUGCGCACCUCAAUCCCGAAACAUACAUGGGAACUCACGGCCUGCAACAUAAGCAGCACCAAGUCGAUGGUACAGUUGUCCACAAUCUUCCCGAACGUGUGGUGCCUGCGAGUGCAAGAUGCGGUUUUGGAGGAGAUACCGACGAUGGAAUCACUCGUGCCGUGGCUGGACAAUAGAUGGCGUUUGCGAGAGCUAACGUUGACCAGAGUGACCUGCAUGAAUGGAUUUGACCUGCACCUUUUGGCCGAGAAGCUCACAAAGGUCACCAUUUGCGAGUGCUACCAGGUGCAUGAACUCGCUAUCGUCGCGCCUAAUCUUGAGGCACUUACGAUCAAGCAUUGCCCAAUGACCAGAUUCCAUGCCGACUCGCGCUUGCCCCAGCUCAAGAGUCUUUCGUUGUCCUCCCGAAGCUUAAGAGCAGUACAGGCACGACAUCUGCUCAGCGAAAUGCUGCCUGGAUCCCCAGCACUAGAAACGUUGGCCCUUUGUGGUUGCUCCCAGCUCAAUGAGGUACUAGUGAACGCAAACGAGCUGCCGGCUCUACGUCAGCUUGAUGUCAGUAGCUGCGCGAGACUCGCGCGGGUCCACGUGACGUCCAAAGUGCUCCAGAGCCUCGACCUGUCGCACAACGACGAGCUGCAGUACUUGUUCCUGGACGUAGACCAUGCCGUGGACUUGGACCUGUCGUUCCUCAAGAGCCUCACACAUCUGGACAUCCGCUCUCGAUCGCUCCGACGACUGAACCUCCGCGGCUGCAGUCAGCUCACGCAGACCGCGACGAACCUCAACUGCCCGAACCUCCAGCGUGUCAUAUUGCACGGCACGUCCAUCGUCGCCGACGACUUGAACGCGCGGCCCAACGUCGACAGCGACUGA